UAUAUAUCAAAAAAGAUAUUUCCAAUAAAUUUAUCGCAAGGGUGGCUCUCAGGCUCUGUUUACAGAUCACAAGUUGGCAAUCAUUUUAAAUGUUCUAUCAACAAUUUCAAAUCAAUGACCACAAAAAUUUUGGUAUAUCAGUGCUUCCAAGGGCAAUGGAUGGUUGUAUUCAUAGUCAGAUAUUUUUCACUGCUUAAUAAUUAAUGAAAAAUAUUCUAAAAUAACAUGUUGUUAUCUUUCUCAUGCGGUCGUCGUAACAGAUGAGUCUUCCUCCUAUAUAUACGGUUCCAAGGCACAAAAUGGCCAUCAUCAUCAUCAUCAUCUCGCCCCCUUCCUUCCUCCCUUCGUUUCCAUACUUUUAGAAGCCAUGAACGCAAAGAUCAUUGGGAGUGCCGGGCAAACUCUAGUCCUUGCGCAUGGGUAUGGAGGCAGCCAAUCUGUUUGGGAUUACGUCCUUCCCGACCUGGCCCAAAGGUAUCGAGUCGUGGUGUUCGAUUGGAGCUUCUCAGGUUCCAUCGAACCCCCUAUCGACUUCGACACCUCGAGGUAUUCUUCCUAUGGUGCCUUCUCCGAGGACCUCAUCUCUCUCAUGGACGACAUGAACUUAAGAGAAAUAACAUUCGUGGGACACUCCAUGGCCGGCAUGAUCGGAUGCAUCGCGGCCGUUAAGAGGCCUGACCUCUUCGCUCAGCUCGUUCUCCUUGGAGCAUCUCCUAGGUACUUAAACGCAGAAGGAUACGAAGGAGGAUUGAAGAGGACGGAAGUCGAUGAAAUACUCACAGCCAUAGAAUCCAAUUUCCGGACAUGGGCUAAAACCUUCUGCCCACCCCUCAUUGGAGUAGAUCAUCCCGACUCCAUCGAAAAGUUUGAACGGGAUUUCCUGAGGAUGAGGCCCGAGAUAGCAGUGUCUGUGGCGAGAAUGGUCUUCAUGAGUGACUUCAGGGACGUCCUUGAGAAGGUAGAGGUGCGAUGCACCAUCGUUCAGUGCACCGAUGACAUCGUAGUCCCGAUGACUGUGGCAUAUUACAUGCAGAGCAAGAUAAAGGGAAGGGUGUCGCUGGAGUUAGUUGAGUCCGGGCAUUGCCCUCAGCUAACCGCUCCCCAGCUGCUCAUCGAUAUCCUCGACCGAGUCCUUAUAGCAGGAAACUGACCGUGGAGUGCAAUACAGUGAGGGUGCCAUGUGCUUGGUCUCUAAAUUUAGACCUAUAUUAUAUAUCUUAUACUUGGCUUUGAGGGAUGUAUUCUGCAAAGGGGUCUUGCAUGCUUCUUUUUUUCUUUUUUUUUUUGGGUAAAACGGUGCUUCAUAUUUCUCUUAAA